UGUGUGAGUGUGUGAGAGAGAGAGUAUGGGUGUGUGAGGUACAGAGUGUGUGCUGGUGGUAUGAAUGGGCUUUAGUCCUGGAUGCAGAGGAACACAGAUAGAAACGACAGGAGAAUCAUUGUUGCGCUCUCUCUCUCUCUCUCUCUCUCUCUCUCUCUCUCUCUCUCUCCCUCUCUGCCUCCCUCCCUCUCUCCCUGACUCUUCCUGUCUUUUCUCUCUGUCUCUCUCUUUCAUGGAUGCUCGGAGAUUAAACACAAGCUGAGCUUGAUUUGCCGUGGAGGUUAUCUUUUUCUUUUUCUUCUUUUAGUUUUUUUUUUGCUGAAAGCCUGCCUGCCUUCGCUGUCGAGUAUCUCUGGGUAGCAAAGUUGUUUUUUUUCCUCCGUUCCAUCUCUUUUUUUCCCUCCCUCUCCUCCUUUUUUUCUUUUUCAAUCUGCGAAGUCGCAAGUGACUGCUUUGAUUCCUCCCCAACUCAGAUGUCGAGCGAGACCAAAGGCGAUCGCUUUUAGACACUGGCUCAGAAGAAAAACAAAACACCAAGUCAGAAGGGGAGAGAGAGGGAGAGAGAGAUAAAACAUGCGGUAGGAAAGGAAAAAAAGGAAAAACAACAAAAAACCCCACCAUAUCGUCAAGGAAAGACGACAAGGCAAGACUCGGUUGUCAGUGGAAACGGUGUGUUUUCUGAGUGGAUUGAGGAGGGAAAAAAAAGAAAGGCAUGAUCAAGUCGCUGCUCAGGGGCACGACCAGGCAACCCAAGGAAGGCGAGGUCCCUGGGGUGGACUACAACUUUGUGACUGUCGAGCGGUUUAUGGAACUGGAGAAAAGUGGAGCCCUGUUAGAGAGUGGAACUUAUGAAGAUAACUACUACGGGACGCCCAAGCCCCCGUGCGAGCCCACGCCGCUGCUGCUCGAUGUAACCGACCGCCUACUGCCGGGCGCCAGACCCAGCUCCCAGGGCAAGCGGCGACGCAACAAGUCCGUCAGCAACAUGGAGAAGGCCGGCAUCGACCCGCCUGAGGAGGAGGAGGAGGAGAGGCCCGUUGUCAACGGCAACGGCGUGGCUCUCACCCCAGAGUCCAGCGAGCAUGAGGACAAAAGCACAGACGCCUCCGGUGACAUGCCCCCCCAGUCUGCUCCGAGCGACACCCCCACCCCCGACACCGACGCCCCACCAGAGGUGGGAGAGGCCCCCCCGCCGCCGCCCGGCCCCACCAAACCAGACGAGAACGACGAGCUGGGCCCCCUACCUGACAACUGGGAGAUGGCAUACACCGAGAAGGGGGAGGUCUACUUCAUCGAUCACAACACGAAGACCACAUCAUGGCUGGACCCGCGGCUGGCCAAGAAGGCAAAGCGGCCGGAAGAGUGCCGAGAGGAUGAGCUACCCUAUGGCUGGGAGAAGAUCGACGACCCCAUCUACGGCAGCUACUAUGUGGACCACAUAAGCAGGCGGACCCAGUUUGAAAACCCCGUCAUAGAAGCCAAGAGGAGGGUCCAGCAGCACCAGAUGCAGGGCCAGGGCUUGUCUUCGAUGCCCCUUCCCUCUGUCUACAGAGAGAAGCCGGCGUUCACGCGGGACGCCACCCAGCUGAAGGGCAGCUUCCUGUCCACUACGCUGCAGAAGAGCACCAUGGGGUUCGGCUUCACCAUCAUCGGCGGAGACGAGCCCGACGAGUUCCUCCAGGUCAAGAGCGUCAUACCGGACGGACCUGCAGCACAGGACGGCAAGAUGGCUACUGGUGACGUCCUUGUGUACAUCAACGACGUGUGUGUGCUGGGCACCACCCAUGCGGACGUGGUCAAGCUGUUCCAGUCGGUGCCCAUCGGCCAGAGCGUGACGCUGGUCCUGUGCCGCGGCUACCCACUGCCCUACGACCCCGAGGAGGCCGCCUCCACCACCACCACCGGCCUGGUGUCGCCCGCAGGCAAUCCCCUGCUGGUGAACGGGCGCGGCACCUACGACGGCUACAUGGAGUACCUCUCCCGGACGGCGCGGCUGGUGCAGCAGCAGGGCGACCCUCAGCUCGCUGCCGCCCACCUCGCCGGCGGCCCUCUCCCACCGCAAGCCGGCCACCCGGGGGACACCCACCUGGACGGCUCCAGCCUCCCGCUGCCCGGCGGCCAGCCGCACGAGGACAGCGUCUCCAUGGCGUCGUCGGGGGCGACGCAGUUGGCCAGCGGCUGCGGCAGCAGCGACGGCCCGCCUCCCGUGCUGCUGACGGUCUCCAUGGUGAAGGGGCCCGACGGCUUCGGGUUCACCAUCGCCGACGGCGCCGACGGCCAGCGCGUCAAGCAGGUGCUGGAGCCACAGGGCUGCCCGGGGCUGUGCGAGGGCGACCUGAUCGCCGAGAUCAACCGGCAGCCCGUGCUCGGCCUUAGCCACACGCAGGUGGUGGACAUGCUGAAGGAGUGCCCGGUGGGGGCCGAAGCCACACUGAUGGUGCAGAGAGGAGGGACAGGUCAGUUUUCCCCCUGGAAGACCCCCAAACAGGUCCUGGAGCAGUGGGAGGCGCAGGGCCACGGCAGCCCCCAGACCAGCCUGUCGGCCCCCGUGCUCCCCCUGAGCCCCCCCUCCUUCCCCGCCCCUCUCCUGCACCGGGUGUCCGCGCCCGACCCCAUGGGGGCCUGUGACCCUUACGAGCUGAUCAGGCCUGACCCCUAUGACCUGUACGAGAAGUCCAGGGCCAUCUAUGAGAGUAGGCAUACAGGGCCCCCACGGACCACCUACUCUGUGGAACCUUCCGGAGCAGAGUUUCAGGAAGUGGAGGUGCACCUGCGCCGGCAGAAGUCCGGCUUCGGCUUCCGGAUCUUGGGCGGAGACGAGGCGGGACAGCCUGUGAGUCCGGACGCUUGUGAGAAGAUCCUGAUCGGGGCCAUCAUCGAGAAGAGUCCCGCCGACCAGGAUGGCCGCCUGCGCCCCGGGGACGAGCUGGUGUCGGUGGACGGGGUCUGCGUAGCGGGCAAGCCGCACCGCUACGUCAUCGACCUGAUGCACGGCGCCGCCCGCAACGGCCAGGUCAGCCUGACCGUCCACCGGAGGAAACCGGGGACAGGUGAGUCCUGCCUGGAGAACGGUCGCAGCCCAGGCUCCGUGUCCACCCAGCACAGCUCCCCCCGGAGCGACUUCACUUCCGGAACCUUCCCCAGCAGCGUGGGCACGGUGCCGCCUCACUCCUCCUGCGGCGCCCCCGGCUCCAACAACGCCCCCGCGCCCGUCUCCGCGGCCCCCACCUCCGGCGCCGGUUCCGGUUCCGCACAGCAGGACCCAGGCCUGGCCACGGUGCCGCCCAACGCCCAGCCCAGCGAUGUGGUCAUCCACCGCAGGGAGACGGAGGGGUUCGGCUUUGUCAUCAUCAGCUCGCUCAACCGGCCCGAAAACACAGCGGCCAUCACUGUGCCACACAAGAUUGGGCGCAUCAUCGAGGGCAGCCCUGCGGACCGCUGCGGUAAGCUGAAGGUGGGCGACCGCAUUCUGGCCGUCAACAGCCAAUCCAUCGUCAGCAUGCCGCACGCCGACAUCGUCAAGCUCAUCAAGGACGCCGGACUGAGCGUCACGCUGUGCAUCAUCCCGCAGGAGGAGUUAAGCAGCCCUCCGUCGGCGGCCAACUCGGAGAAGCAGAGCCCCAUGAACCAACAGAACAGUCCCCAGACCCAGGCGGCUCAGGCAGGCCUCCAGGCUGGCAUGCAGGCCCCCCCGCCCACCCCCGCCAGCCAGCAGCAGGCCUCUCAGCCACCGCCCCCCGCCCAGGCUCCAGCAGCACCACCCGUUCAGAUCUACGGCCAUGAAAGCAGUUACAGAUCAGAGGUGAAGGCUCGGCAGGACGUCAAGCCGGACAUCCGGCAGCCUCCGUUCACAGACUACCGCCAGCCCCCCGUGGACUAUCGGCACCCUCCCGUAGCCGACUACCGGCAGCCCCCUACGCUGGACUAUCGGCAGCCCCCGCUCAUGGACUACCGGCAGUUAGACCCGCGGCAGUUUGUCAUCCCUGACUAUCGACAACCACAGGACUUUGAUUUCUUCACGGUGGAGCUGGAGAAGAGUGCUAAGGGCUUUGGGUUCAGCAUCCGUGGCGGCCGCGAGUACAAGAUGGACCUGUUCGUGCUGCGCUUGGCUGAAGAAGGCCCCGCACUGCGCAAUGGAAGGAUGAGGGUGGGAGAUCAGAUAAUUGAGAUAAAUGGGGAGACCACCAGAGACAUGACCCACGGCCGGGCCAUCGAGCUCAUCAAGUCCGGAGGGCGGCGGGUGCGACUGCUGCUGAAGAGGGGUACAGGGCAGGUGCCAGAAUAUGACAAUCCCACCCCCUGGGAUGCUCACCCUACAGCCUCCCCAAGCCUGUCGGAAGUAGCAGCCCCGCCCCUGGACAGCACCCUGACCAAUCCAUCACCUCCAUCUCACCUGAGCUCGCCCCUGGACCCGCCUCUCCUGCUGCUGCCGCCGCCCCUGGAGACGGUGGCGGUCGCCGAACGCUCGCAAAGCCCCUGGGGGGCGGAGCCGGGGGUGGUGGACCAGGCGGGUGGGGCCCCGGGACAGAGGCUGGCCCACGGCGGCAGCAGCAUCAGGGCCAAUCAGCAGUCGGACGGUGGCAGGACCACCCAGCAGGGAGGCGGAGCGGCAGGGCGGGGUCAGCCCUCUCUGGCGGAGGCCCUGAGUGGGGAGCCUAUGGAUCCCAAGGCCUCCAAAAGCAGCCGGGCGCGGUCGAAGGAGCGCAGGGAGGAGCGCGGCGGCGGCGGCAGCAGCAGUGGUGCCUCCUCCAGGAAGAGGGGCGACUCGACCCGCUCCCCAUCCAAAAGCUCCAGGACCUCCCACACGGACUCCAGCCUGAACGGAGGUGCAACCCCGGGCAACCCCAGCAGCCCCGACGUCCCUGCCAGCCAGCAGAGGGAGCCAGUGGCACAUAAGGCCCACCCACGAGAGCCGGAGAGGGCCGGCAAGGAGAGCCGUGGCAGCCACACCGCCAAGAGCUCCGGCACGUCGGGCCGGAAGGCUACCGUCUCCCCUGGGCCCUGGAAGAUCCCCGGCUCGGAUAAGUUACCCAGCACCCUGCGCUCUGGGUCCUCCACUGUGAGCAGAUAACACCCUGUACACACACUCACACACACACACACACACACUCAACGUCACGACCCAGGGCCGCAUGGUUUGACCCAUUUCAGCCUAGUUAAAACCUGAUGUGGCCCAUUGGUUGAUAUCAGUGUUGUCCCAGACCUCCACAGGCUCCCCCACAACUCCUCCUGCCUCACCCCAGCCCUGACACUCUGCGGGAUGGGGGCACGGGAGCAUCUUCAUGCACCUCUGGAGAGGACCAUGUCGUUGUUGUUGUUGUAUUAUUGUUAUUAUUAUUUAUACUUUAUUUUCAUUUAUUUUAGAAAAUAUUACACCCACCACCUUAAGAACUGGAAGCACCACUUUCAAAGAAGAAAGAAAGAAAAAAAAAAAACAUUGAACAAAAUUGAAAGAGGGAUUGAAAGAACCGUGGGGAAAAAAGAAUAAAAAGUACAAGAGUGUAUGUGGCAUGAUAUGGAUUACUCGCUCCACUAAGAGACUGUUCGGUACAGCAGCAUGUGAAGGAGGUUUCAAAUGGGGACCCUCUUGCAUUCGAAACCACUGACUUCAAAAACCAUUAUGGACAUGGUUAUUGUGUAUUCUUUUUUACAUAUAUAGAUCAACCGAGUCUAUUUUAUGAAAAUGGAGAAAGAAUGUUGUUUGCCUGUCCUAAGCUUUUGUGCAUUUCAGAGAGAGAGAGAGAGAGAGGAAAUAUAUAUAAAAAAAUAUAUUAUACACCCAAAUAUAUAGUAUAACACAAAAGAUAUACAUCAGUGAAACGCUGCCUUAAAGAAGACUGUAUGAACUGAAGAUAUCUCUAAUAAAUGACCACUGUUACGUUAUAGAAAAUAGAUAAAACUAUAUUAUGAAUAUAAAUAUGUGGGACAUAAUUGUACAUACUGUCAUGUUGAAGAAAAGAAAAGCUAACUGCCGGGUUGAUGUGGUAGUAACGAACAUGGCGUGUUGUUCGAGUAGAUGAGGAAAGGACAAUUUCUUAUUUCCCUUUCUCUUACGGUGAACUUGUGACCUCCUUGGAGUCUGGCACAUCAGACGGACGUCGCCGCUUUGAGCAUGGCCACUCAGUGAACGCCUCAACCGGUGCACCGUAUUCCCUUUACCGGACUUUGUGAACGGAGCAAUCUGUCGAGGGUCGUCCGUGGCCUCGAAUGGACCACGGGGGAGACCGAGAGGAUUGUCGGACGGCAAGAUAGGGCGGAGUGCCUUACCAGGCGGGGAACGGGAGCUCAAGGCUUCCUGAGAGCAAAAGGCGGAAAGAGAGACUUGAUACUGAACAAGUAAACACAUUGACACACAUUCACAGGCUGCUGCUCUGGUCUACAUACCAUCUAUGUAUCUUUGUCAACAGCAGCAAACCACAUGCAGUGAUGCCAGAAUGGUCGACUCCCCCCCCCUCCCCUUUAAAUGUCCCAUACUGGACACUCUCUCAGCGUCACACAGUGUUGUUGAAUCCCAUAAAACCCCUCAUUUUACGAUAAAAAUUCAAAGUGAAGGACAUUCAGUGACUUGUACACCAACAAUUCAUUUUUUAUUGUUGUGUUUUUCUUUAGAAGUCAUCAGCUUAAUAGCCUGUACAGUGCCGCUAAAUCAAGACGGCACCGUUAAAUAGAAAGUGAAAAGUAUUACUAUGAAGGACCGUGUACUGCAUUGUAAAAUAGCAGUCUCCACGGAGGGACGUUGUUCCUAGGCCUCAGCUAGCUAAGUCACUAUUUGGAUACUGUUUUGAAUACGAGCAAAUAACCUGUUUUAGUGAUGCGCAAAAGUGACAGAGAUGAAUGAACCGGAUCCCAAAGGCAUAAGCAGACACGGUCCGCAGAGUUUGUUGACAACACCAGUGCCAUUUUCCGUGACUCCACUGACAGGAACUUUUGUGAUCGUUUUUUCAUCUAGCGUCACCCAAUUACAUUUAGCGCUAUCUAAGAAUCAACACCUGACAAAGCAGUUGACUUCUCUAUCAGUCACAUUGUCAGCACAACCACCCCACACUCCACGUCACCUGGGUUUAAAAACAUCGAGCCAUUCAUUGCUUUGUAACAACUACUGCACAUAAUGAGAUAUGACAAAGGUCAAAGGUCAGGCUAUUAGAGAGUACAGACAUCAGUGACUGGAUAAAAAGAGGGUAACUGGAGACUGAUGUGUAAAGUAGAUCUUUGCUUUGUUUGUCAUUGUGUAUUGAAAGAGGGCAAAUGGGGAAAUUCAAUUAAAAGCUAAUUCUGAGAAUUGAAUCACGUGGCUAAAUAAAUGUCACAAGUCAAUACACAAACAUUGUGAAAAAGUCCCCUUUCUAACAAUUGAAACUUUAAAAGCACAAAGUUGUACUUGAGAUCUCUCUAUUUGGCCUGAAACAUCAGACUGUUAACCGUUAAAACUGACUUCAGAAAUGUCCCUAUCCUGACCACAGGCCCCCCCAUAAUCUCCAUAAUACAGACCCCACUUACCUUAAAGCCUCCAGGUGAGAAGAAAAGCUUUGAUCAAGAGCUCUGAUCUUUUUUUUAUUAAAAACAAAUCAUCUCCACUGUGUCCUCUCUUGAAAUCAGCACGGUAGAACUGACUGAGAGGAAAUUAUUGUAUGAGAUAAAUAUGAAUUCAAUCCAAGUUAACCUAUGGAGGAUGGCACAUGGGGCCCAUGCCUUCCCACCCCCCAACCCAGCGCGGUAUCACUGUGUAGUGUUAGCGGUGUAUUUACCUUGUACAGCUGUACCUCUAUAAAUAUGAUUCCAUGUAUUAUUGAUAGUCACAAAGACUCUAAGUGAGCAACUAUUUUUAUGAAAUGCAACACUACGGAUAUAUUAACUUUUGCAGAAAUCUUGUUUACUGUAUGAUAUUCUGGAAUACUGUCAAAAUAAAAUCUUGACACGGUG